AUGGCGCCGUUGAGGCUUCUCGCCCUAGGAAAGCACCUUUCAUAUGGAGGUGGGGUGCGCGGCCUCCAUCCGCCGAAGCCUUGCGAUGUUUUCGAUAUGAUCGUGGGAACAAGCACCGGUGGUCUUAUUGCUAUAAUGCUUGGGCGGCUCGAGAUGGAUGUGGAAGCAGCAAUAGACGCAUACAAACGGCUCUCGAAGCGUGUAUUCACUCCAAGAAAACGAACAUGUAUCGGAGGCACAAUUGUCCACAAGAUGCUGGGAUCAGAGACUUUUGACCAUAAGGUUUUGGAGAAAGUCAUUAAGGAGAUUGUCUCAGCACGUCUGGGCUCGGAUACGGACGGUGGAAGUGUGAAGUUUUUCGUAUGUGCCACAAUGGUCAACGGUGGCAUACAGCGCUUACGGAGCUAUCCAUCUACGGCUGAGGAACCAUUUGACUGUACAAUCUGGGAGGCUGCCAGAGCUACCUCUGCUGCCCCAACUUUCUUUGCGCCAAUUAAAUUUCCGAAUGGGAUGGAUUUCCGCGAUGGUGGGCUUGGUGCGAACAAUCCAAUAUUUGAGCUCAUCAACGAAGUCCGGAAGGAAUACCCCACCAGAGACAUAUCUAUAAUUGUGAGCUUAGGAACAGCAUGCUCCGAAAUAGCAACGAAUACGGAGGAAACGGCAGAGUCUUUUGCAGCGCAGUAUUACCAUCAACAGGGUAUAUAUCGCCAUAAAUACUUCCGUUUCAAUCCGACCAAUGGUCUCCAGGGAGUAGGUUUGGAUGAGUGGAAAAAAGAGGAUGAUAUGAUGGCAAACACACUCACAUACCUCAGAACGACGGCUCAGGAAGAUAUUAACUUCGCACCCAGAGAAGAAAUGUUGAGUAUUGAAAGUGCUCUUGGAUCCACAUUCUCGGAUUCACUCAGACCUAAAAUCAUAUCCAUUGUGGGAUUUGGCGGUUCCGGAAAGACACAGUUGAUGCUGCAGUACGCCUGGACGCAUCGAGACACAUAUGGAGUUGUCCUUUGGAUUGAUGCACAGUCAUUGGACUUCCUGAAUGACACGUUCUCUCUUGCUGCAGAGCAGCUCGGUCUUGUCCUACCUCGUACUUGGGUAUCAAACUCCAGGACUACAACUACUGUUGCCCCAUUCAUACCAAAGCUUCAAAGGAAUGUUGAUGCAAUUCAGAAGGAGUUGAGGAGAAGGAACCAGAAAUGGCUCAUUCUGAUAGAUCGUGCUGAUGAGAUCCACAUGAUUGAUCAAUUGCCAAAGUAUUUCCCUUCUGCUCCAGGUGGAUAUAUAAUUGUUUCUUCCAGACGACAAGAGGCAGAGAGACUUGGUGGCCAUGCAAUAAAACUGAAAGGUCUUCCCUUGGAUAGCGCUCAGCAGCUUCUGAUCCACCAUGUUUUCGGCACAUCCACAGACUUGGACCAGGGAGAGCAGUUUGAACAAGCAAAACAGGUGGUGGAGACAUUAGAUUGCAUUCCUCUGGCGAUUGACCUCGCUGGCACAUACAUCAAGAAUAAACUUGGGGGUCGAAUAGAUACCUAUGUAAAGCUGUACGAAUGUCAAAAGUACGAGUUGGUCGAACAUGCUCUUGGGCGAAACCAUCCAAUCGCUCAAGACUAUUCCGCCUCUGUCCUCGCGACUUGGAGGGUUUCAAUCAACGCGAUCGCCAAAGAAUAUCCUGGGGCAGCAAAGUUCCUUUACCUUCUGUGCUUCCUCGAUCCUUCAAACUUGAGAAAAGAUCUGUUCAAGAGGGCUUGUUCUCCCAAGCUCUAUUUGAAUCGCGAAGGCUCAAUCGAUGUACUUUAUCCAUGGAUGAAUCGCGUCCCUGACUGGCUCCUGAGGCUCUUCUGUGGCCCAAAUGGCCACUGGAAUGACUUGCAAUUUUUCGAUACUAUUGGGAUCAUAUCAGCUUUGUUCUUCAUCGAGUGCAAAGAUCUCAUUGGUACUUGGGUUCACUCUUCUGGGGAAGUGGAGGGCACAACUUUAACAUCGGACGGAAGCUCCGUUACCUUACUCGAAUUACCGCAACCGCUUCACCACUUGGGAAGAUGCUUUCACGACGAUAAAUCAAGAGAAGAAUUCAUCCAUGACGCAUUCUCUGUGGCGAUUCACAGCUUUCAGAACGAUAUCGAGCGUGACGGAAAUUAUUCAAACAUCGGGCGGACGCCUAUGAUGUAUAUUGGAUUUUGA